UAACAUAUUUGUAAAUAAUUGUUUUAAAUUAAAAUGAAUGGUUCGUUGUUCCAGUCCUGCGUUGUCUGCGGAUCAAACAAUAAUUUGCAACGGUGUUCUAGAUGUCAUAUUGCAUAUUAUUGUUCCCGCGACCAUCAAAAAUUAGAUUGGAAACGUCAUAAAAUUGAGUGUUUACCUAUUAAUAAAGUUAAUACCUACAUCGAUCAAGGAUCAUCUGAGACAGAAAUACUGAGUUCGAGAAUUGAGGCUUUGAAACCAACUAAAAAUCAGAAUUAUCAGGAAAUCAGCUCAACUAACUCAAUUAAUACCUUACCAUGCACUAGCAACAGAGUCAGCAAUAAAAAUAUUGUAAAGGAUUUCACAGAAAUUUCACUUGGAUCUGAAAGUGCUGAAAUCAGAGAUAUGUUUAACGAUCAAGUUUAUCACGAGCACAUUUGCAAAAAUGUCAUUAGAGAUAUGAACGAUUACGGGGUAUGCGUUGUAGAUAAUUUUUUGGGAAGGAAAAGAGGUUUAGCUAUUCUGGAGGAAGUAAGAGGUCUGUACCGAACAGGAGUAUUCCAGGAUGGUCAAUUAGUAUCAAGCAAAUAUAAUCAGAAUAUAAAAACAAUUAGAGGUGAUCAAAUUGCUUGGAAAGAUGGAAGAGAGGCAGAUUGUUAUAAUAUAGGCCAAUUAAUUGGCAAGGUUGAUGCAGUAAUUAUGACUUCAAAUAAGAUGGCAAACAAUGGUAAAAUGGGGCAGUACGUCAUCAAUGGCAGAACCAAGGCUAUGGUAGCUUGCUAUCCUGGAUCUGGGACCCACUAUGUAAAACAUGUAGAUAAUCCAAAUAGCGAUGGUCGAUGCAUUACUGCCAUUUAUUAUCUCAAUCCAGACUGGGAUGUUCAAAAAUAUGGGGGACUUCUACGAAUAUUUCCUGAAGGAUGCGACAGGGUGGCUAAUAUAGAACCUGUGUUUGACCGCAUAUUGUUUUUCUGGUCUGAUCGCAGAAAUCCUCAUGAAGUGCAACCUGCACAUCAAACAAGAUAUGCUAUCACACUUUGGUAUUUUGAUGCUAAUGAACGAGAACAAGCUUGUAGGAGGUACUCUCAAGAACAUAGUACUAAAGUUCAAUAGGGAAUAUAUCAAGUAAAAAUUUAAAUUCGAAGCUAAAAUGCAUUAUUUAUUGCUAAAUAUUCAUCAUUAUAUUCAUUUUUUUAAAAAAAUUAGACUGAUUCAAGCUAUAGCUAACACUUGCAAAAGUUAGAUUAGUGUAAAUUUAAUCUCAAACACCCAUUGGUUAUGAAAUGAAAUAAUUACGCAACAUUAUUUUCAGAUUUUUCAAAUUGAAUAUUUUAUAUAAGUAUUUAGUUUUUUUUUUCAAAUUUUUACCCUCAACAUUUGCAAUGAAUGCAUUAUUUAUUAGUGAAUGUAUAGAAUGAAUGUUUGUGAUUUGUGCUAGGGAUUACCAGCAGCAAACUGGUAAUGAGAAGAUGUUGGGAAAGCCUGGUGCUAACGAAGUAUUUACACAACUUUAGUUUUAAUUAAAUGUAAUAUAACAUUGGUAUAAUUUUUUCUAACUUUUAAUUAAUAUUUAAUUUCUGUAACUCAUAUGUAAUAUACAAUGAAAUGGUCAUAAAAUAAUUAAUGAAAUUUUAAAUUAAUUUUUUUAUUUAUUCAAAUAGCUUUUUUGAACAUAGGCAGACUGAAAGGUACAAAUGCUUAAUAAAUGUUUGAAUGAAAUGUUUAAUGAAGUUAUAAAUCCUUCAUACACGGUAUUACCAGGAAUGAGAUUAGGUAUUAUGUAGAUAAUUAUAUUAAAUAUUAAUAAAGGGAUCAUAUAUUGAUCUUUU